GAACUUCCCAACGGCGUAAUAUAAAUUGAUUUUGGCUCCGUUUUCUUCAUCAGCGGAGGAAAAAGAAUCAAAAUAUGAACUCAAUCUCCACCUCACACCUCCCAUCUCCCUUCGAACCAGUAGAUUUCUGAAGUGUUUUGCAAAUCUCCAUUUCAGCAAUUUAGGCUUCGCUUUAAAGGCGAGAAACAGUACCAUGGAAAACUCCAUUGCUUUCAAGUAUCUUUCCCCUUCUCCUCCGCUUGCUUCUUCUGCUAGAUUAUGCUUCUUCUCGAGUAAGCUGAGAGGUUCAAGACCCACAUCAGUUCCUUGCCAUGAUCUCGAAUGGAGGUCGAAACGCUUCGUGUUUAAGCAAAAAAUGGUGGUUAAAGCUAGUGCGAAGGUGGAGGAGACCAGUGCUAAGGAGAGUGCUUAUAAGAGCGAGUGGGGGAAGGUUUCGGCUGUGUUGUUUGAUAUGGAUGGAGUUCUAUGUAAUAGUGAGGACCUAUCUCGAAGGGCUGCCGUCGAUGUUUUUAGUGAAUUGGGUGUUGAAGUCACCCCUGAAGACUUUGUGCCAUUCAUGGGAACUGGUGAAGCGAACUUCUUAGGAGGUGUUGCAUCAGUAAAAGGGGUAGCUGGAUUUAGUCCUGAGGCAGCAAAAAAGAGGUUUUUUGAGAUAUAUCUAGAGAAGUAUGCAAAGCCCAAUUCUGGAAUAGGCUUUCCUGGUGCACUGGAACUCAUUACUGAGUGUAAAAGCAAGGGCCUUAAAGUUGCUGUUGCAUCGAGUGCUGAUCGUAUCAAGGUUGAUGCAAAUUUAGCUGCUGCAGGGUUACCGCUGUCAAUGUUUGAUGCCAUAGUAUCAGCUGAUGCUUUUGAGAAUCUGAAACCUGCACCCGACAUAUUCAUAGCUGCAUCGAAGUUGUUAAAUGUACCAACGGAUGAGUGCAUUGUCAUCGAAGAUGCACUAGCUGGAGUGCAAGCUGCCCAAGCUGCAAAAAUGAGAUGCAUUGCUGUUAAAACUACAUUAUCAGACGAAACUCUAAAGACUGCUGGUCCAUCGCUUAUUCGAAAUGAUAUAGGAAAUAUCACAAUUCAUGAUAUUCUCUCUGGUGGUUCUGAUGCCUCUAAUGAGAAGAUACAGGGAUCUCAAUUUCUUCAAACCUCUGAACAAAUUUCCCCACAAAAAGAUACCUCAGGCAUUGAUGCUGCUGCUGUGCAGGACUCGGAGGCCGUCAAUGAUGGUUCGUUGUCAAUCGGAAGGUUGCAGGGUACUAGGCGAGAUAUAGUGAGAUACGGAAGCUUGGGCAUUGCUCUUUCGUGUCUCGUGUUUACCAUUACGAACUGGAAGGCAAUGCAGUAUACAUCUCCUAAAGCUAUUUGGAAUUUGUUCUUUGGAGUUAACCAACCUUCUUUCCAAAAUAAUGCAAGCUCAGGUGGUCCCAUACGUGACAGAAUCCAACGAUUCAUCGAAUAUAUAUCAGAAAUCGAAACCAGGGAAACUGCUCCUGUUGUGCCAGAAUUUCCAUCAAAACUCGAUUGGCUAAAUAGUUCUCCCCUUCGGUUCCGCGAGGAUUUGAAAGGAAAAGUUGUUCUCCUCGAUUUUUGGACCUAUUGUUGUAUAAAUUGCAUGCAUGUUUUGCCGGACUUGGAGUAUUUGGAGAAGAAGUACAACGACAAGGCGUUUGCAGUGGUUGGAGUUCAUUCGGCAAAGUUCGACAACGAGAAAGACUUGGAAGCUAUCCGCAAUGCAGUCUUACGCUACGGCAUUACUCAUCCAGUUGUUAACGAUGGAGACAUGUUUUUAUGGCGGGAGUUGGGAAUUAAUUCAUGGCCAACGUUCGCUAUUGUGGGACCGAACGGAAAGCUUCUUGCACAGAUUUCAGGCGAAGGACGUAGAAAGGAUCUUGAUGAUUUUAUCGAGGCAGCCCUUCUGUUUUACAGUGAGAAGAAGAUCCUCGACAGCCGACCGCUUCCUUUGAGAUUAGAGAAGGAUAGUGAUCCCCGUUUAAUUACAUCUCCAUUGAAAUUUCCUGGGAAACUGACCAUUGAUGUUCUUAACAACAGGCUCUUCAUAUCCGACAGUAAUCAUAAUCGCAUUGUGGUAACUGAUCUAAGUGGGAAUUUCCUUAUACAAAUUGGUAGCACAGGUGAGGACGGUUUACGUGACGGUACCUUUGAUGAUGCGACCUUUAAUCGUCCUCAGGGCUUGGCUUAUAAUGCAAAGAAAAACUUGCUAUAUGUUGCUGAUACUGAGAACCAUGCUUUGAGGGAGAUCGAUUUUGUUCGAGAGACGGUGCGUACACUCGCUGGAAAUGGAACUAAAGGCUCUGAUUAUGAAGGGGGAAAACAAGGAACGUCUCAGCUUCUCAACUCUCCUUGGGAUGUUUGUUUUGAGCCCAUUAGUGAAAAGGUCUACAUAGCCAUGGCUGGACAACACCAAAUCUGGGUGCAUGAUACUUUGAAUGGAGUAACUAAAUCAUUUAGUGGUGAUGGAUUUGAAAGGAAUCUGAAUGGAUCCAGUUCUUCAAGUUCAUCAUUUGCUCAGCCCUCUGGACUUUCCUUAUCUCCGGAUUUGUCGGAGGUAUAUAUUGCUGACAGUGAGAGUAGCUCGAUCCGAGCCGUUGACUUAAAAACAGGUGGAUCAAGAUUGUUAGCUGGGGGUGACCCGAUUUUCUCAGACAAUUUAUUUAAGUUUGGAGAUCAAGAUGGUGUCGGAUCUGAAGUACUACUUCAACAUCCAUUGGGCGUCUUGUGUUCGAAAGACGGUCAAAUCUAUAUAGCUGAUAGCUAUAAUCAUAAGAUCAAGAGGCUAGAUCCAGUCAGUAAAAGGGUAACUACAAUAGCAGGAACAGGGAAAGCUGGUCUGAAGGAUGGGACAGCUCUAGCAGCUCAGCUUUCAGAGCCAUCUGGAAUCACUGAAGCUGAAGGAAGACUUUUCAUUUCUGAUACAAACAACAAUGUUAUCAGAUACUUAGAUCUGAACAAUCAAGAACAGCCUCAACUCUUAACAUUGGAGCUGAAGGGAGUUCAACCUCCAAAUCCAAAACCCAAAUCUUUUAAACGACUUCGUAAACGUUCAUCCGACACUCAGACGAUCAUCGUCGAUGGGGGCUCAUUCCGUGAGGGCAACUUAUCUCUGAAAAUAUCAUUACCAGAAGAAUAUCACUUCUCAAAGGAAGCUCGGAGUAAGUUUAUCGUCGAAACCGAGCCCGAGAGUGCAUUGUCUAUUGACCCGUCGGAUGGAUAUCUUAGUCCAGACGGAUUCGCCAACCUUCGUUUUAGGAGAUCUUCUCCUGCAGCUUCACUUGGUAGAAUAAGUUGCAAGGUUUACUAUUGCAAGGAAGAUGAGGUGUGUCUAUAUAAAUCGCUGUUGUUUGAGGUACCCUUUCGUGAGGAACUAUCCGAAACGAGCCAGGCCGAAAUUACACUCGCGUUUGAAGUGAAGCCGAAAGCUUCAACAAGCAGCUUGCCACUAUAAUAUUCACAUGAACUCAUGAAUACAUAAGUAUUGAAUGAGUGUGUGUGGAAGAAUAGAGUGAUCUUCUGAUGACAAUUGAAAAUUACAUUUUCAUAGUACAAACAUUUGAUUGAUAGGAAGAAACUUGGUUUUUCUAUAUC